GCAAUUUUUUUGAAAGCCAUUAAAACAGAGUCCAUCAGCCCCUCAAGAUGUACAAAGUUGCCUGCUUGGUUCUAGCCCUGUUCGCAGUGGUCUACGCUAUUCCCUCCACUCCUGACACUGAGCAAGUGUGGGUCGCCGGAAACCUGUCCUACGUGAUUCCUAGCAAUGCCCUUGUUGGAGGCUACGAUCCUAACGGAUACAACACCUACGUGGGCCGUGUGAAGGCUGGAAAUGAUAUCCUUCCCGCCCGCAUCGUUGUGGAAACCGGAAUUGCCUACUACAACACAGAGACCGCCUCCGGAAAACUCUUGAUCUACGAUUUCCUGGUGGCCGAGAGAAAUGUGAACUAUGUUUGGCAGAGGAGCUACGAUGGAUUCUAUGAGAAGAAUUCUGUAGCCGCUGGCACUACGGUCAAAAACGAGAGGGUGUACUUCUGCCGAUCCAAGGCCGAUGGAGGAUUACUGAUCGGAACUCUCCUUCUGCCCCAGAAGGUGUGCAUCAUCAAGCACGAGAGCCUGUCCUUGCGCAAGCUCGACAAAUAUGAAGUCCUGGUGGCCCAGCCCAAGGUCAAUGGAACUGUUUAUUAAACAGUCCGAUAUAAGAUUUAAAAAAAAUAAUAAAUAAAA